GAUUUUCUUCAUUCUCUCACAGACCUGCUGCUUUCUAACAGCUGCAUCCCGUUCCUGGGCUCUGCGGAGGGACUAGAUUUUCGGACCCUGCUGCUUGAUGAAGAAAGGGGUCAGCUCCUGCUUGGUGCUAAGGACCACAUAUUUCUGCUCAGCUUAGUUGACUUAAACAAAAAUGGAAAAAAGAUAUUUUGGCCCGCAGCAAAGGAAAAAGUGGAUUUAUGUAAACUAGCCGGGAAAGAUGCCCAUACAGAAUGUGCCAACUUCAUCAGAGUCCUUCAGCCUUACAACAAGACUCAUGUUUAUGUCUGUGGUACAGGCGCUUUCCACCCAAUCUGUGGCUAUGUAGAGCUCGGGACACACAAAGAGGAAGUUAUGUUCAGAUUUAAUGCUCAGAACGUGGAGUCUGGUAGACUGAAGUGUCCUUUUGACCCUCAGCAGCCUUUUGCCUCUGUCAUGGCAGAUGAAUAUCUUUAUUCUGGAACAGCCUCUGAUUUCCUUGGCAAAGAUACUGCAUUAACACGUUCUCUAGGUUCAUCACAAGACCAACAUUGCAUCAGGACUGAUAUUUCUGAACACUACUGGUUAAAUGGGGCAAAGUUUAUUGGAAUCUUUCCUAUCCCAGACACGUAUAAUCCAGACGAUGACAAAAUCUAUUUCUUUUUCCGAGAAGUUUCUCAAGAGAGUAGCACCUCUGACAGAGCCAUUCUUUCCCGCAUCGGCCGUGUCUGUAAGAAUGACAUUGGAGGCCAACGCAGUCUGAUCAACAAGUGGACAACGUUCCUGAAAGCAAGGCUUGUUUGCUCCAUCCCAGGUCCAGAGGGAGCUGAUACACAUUUUGAUGAACUACAAGAUAUAUUCUUACUUUCCACAAGAGAUGAAAGGAAUCCCAUGGUGUAUGGAGUUUUCACAACCACCAGUUCUGUAUUCAAGGGCUCAGCAAUUUGUGUGUACAGCAUGGCUGACAUCAGAGCGGUUUUCAGCGGCUAUUAUGCCCAUAAAGAAAGUGUGGACCAUCGCUGGGUUCAAUAUGAUGGACGAAUUCCAUAUCCUAGGCCUGGUACCUGUCCAAGCAAAACCUAUGACCCCUCGAUCAAGUCCACCAGAGACUUUCCUGAUGAUGUUAUAAGCUUCAUCAAGCGCCAUCCAUUGAUGCACAAGUCAGUCUACCCAGUGAGUAGGGCUCCAGUGUUUACUCAAAUCAAUGUGGACUACCGACUGACUCAGAUUGUGGUGGACCGGGUCACAGCUGAAGAUGGCCAGUAUGAUGUCAUGUUUCUAGGAACAGAUAUCGGAACAGUACUGAAAGUUUUGAGUAUCACCAAAGAGAAACGGGACAUGGAAGAGGUGGUCCUGGAAGAACUACAGAUAUUCAAGCGUCCAUCACCUAUCUUGACUAUGGAGAUGUCUCCAAAGCAGCAACAAUUGUACAUUGGUUCCAGAGAUGGAUUGGCUCAGCUUUCCUUGCACAGAUGUCAUACGUAUGGGAAGGCAUGUGCUGAUUGCUGCCUUGCCAGAGAUCCAUAUUGUGCUUGGGAUGGAAAUUCCUGUUCCAGAUACACACCCACAUCAAAAAGGCGUGCAAGGAGGCAAGAUGUGAAAUACGGAGACCCAAUUACCCAAUGCUGGGAUGUUGAAGACAGCAUUAGUCACGAAACCAGUGAUGAAAAGGUGAUUUUUGGCAUUGAAUUUAACUCAACAUUUCUGGAAUGUGUUCCAAAGUCACAGCAAGCUUCCAUUCGGUGGUUUAUUCAGCGCUCUGGAGAAGAACACCGGGAAGAGUUGAAACCAGAUGAAAGAGUCUUCAAGACAGAAUAUGGACUGCUAAUCCGUAGCUUGCAAAAGAAGGACACUGGGACGUAUUACUGUAAAGCACAGGAACACACAUUUGUUCAGACCAUUGUGAAGUUAAAUUUGAACGUCAUAGAGAAUGAACAGAUGGAGAACAGUCAUAGAACAGAAGACGAACAAGGCCGUACGCGAGAUCUGCAAGCUGAGUCCCGACUGAGAUACAAAGAUUAUCUCCAGUUGCUUAGCAGUCCCAGCUUCAGUCUGGAUGAGUAUUGCGAGCAGAUGUGGCACCGAGAAAAGAAACGGCAGCGUAAUAAAGGUGGGCCAAAAUGGAAGCACGCUCAAGAGAUUAAGAAGAAGCGGAACCGGAGGCACCCCCAACCUGCCAGCCCACACACUUGGCCCUCAUCUACAUAGCUUCUAGAUCUUAUUUAAAGAAAAGACACUUGUUCAAGGGAAAGUACUUUAUUUGUUGUGGGCUCCUCUCUAGCAAUGUUGCUUCUCAAAGAGACCUGGUGAUGCAUAAUCAUUAAUGUACAUGAGACCUUUGGACAAUUACACUAGUAAUGGGGGAAAGUCUUCAGGAUCUGUAUGUUGUUCAGUUCUGAACUGAGAUAAAAUAAUGCUCUGAAAAGUUCAUUUAUGAAGGAUAUCCAGUGGCUGUUCCCUUUCUUCCCCAAGGCUUAACAAAUGACCUGUGGGAUGAUUGAACUGUUAGGCUCAAGAAGCCUAAAGCGUAUGUGGCUGUCAGGCUGUGAGACUUUUCUUCUAGCCACCAUGGAUUCUUAACCAGACACACCCUCGGUUCGCUCAGCUGCAUGCUCAAAUGUCCUGGCCAGCAUGGACAGGAUGGGAAAUGCCUCGUGUUAGGAAAGAACUGAGAUGCAUUCAUAUUUGAAACCAGUGUAAUUUUAGCAUCAUAGAAAGAAUGUGGAGAUGGGGAUGUGAGUGGCAACCAGUUUGAUGGCUAUCUGCUGAGAUGAAACACUGAUACAGACUGGAACUGCCAACAGAGGGACAGGAUUUCUGGUGACACCCAUUUUCUUUAGAAGAUUUUUUUUGUCCCUCUUAUCCAUGUCUCUCUCACCCUACUGUUUUGACCCUUUUGCUGCUUUGCAGAUGUUUCUUUGAAACAAAAUCUCACCCAAUUAAGCAGGGAAGCAGCAUUGUUAAUAAGAUCUGGGGGAAACAGCCUUAUCAUCAGUCCUUGAAAUUCUUUGUUCCAAGCACUUGCAUAUGUUAGAAGCAGUAGGACGUUGGCAGAAUUUGUGUUUUAUAUUUUUACUAAAAUAAAAUGAAAACAAAGUCCAUGUGUAAAUAAUGUGCACAAAAGAGAUGGGCAGCUUCACAAUUUUGUAAAAUAUUCUUUUUUUUUUUUACUUUUAACUUUUUGCUGCUUAAUUGAUUUAUAUGGUUUUGCAUAAAAACUUCCUAUUAAGUUGAGUGGGCUUACUCUCAGGCAGACAAAUGCAAUAUGUCAGCCAGAUUUACAAUCCUGGGGCACUGAAGCUGGUUUAUAGCAUCAGAAGUGAGAUCAAUGAGAGCUUGAUUUUAUCAUUUCCAGGCUGCCUUUGCACAGUAUCGUCUUCUUGAAACCAAUUCUCCCAUCCAUUGCCCUUACCUCACAUACACAGAAGCACACCGUUUCACUUUUCAUGCCUUUUGUCAGUGAGAAAUGACAAAUUAGCCAUUUUCCUUACAUGGAGGAAGGUUUUGAUAGAUACCAAAACAACAGAUUUUUUUUGUUUCUCAUGCAUUCUGUUUCAUCUUGGGAGCAAAUUUUGUGGGAAACCCAUGUAAUUGGCAUGGCACUCGUUACAACAAAACUUAUUUUUGACUCUCAGCUCUGGAAAAAUAGUUGUUUCUUUAUGUUCCUGUUGUAUUUGUGUGUGUAUAUUUUUUUUUCUGAUUAAUAAUUGUAUGGCCAUUUCUGUUCUAUUCUGCUUUUGUAGUUAGUUUUUUUUCCUUUGGGGGGGGAAUGCCUGUGCUCAUGUGCCGUAUUGCCUUACAUUUAUUCAUGUAUCUAAUAAUUACGCCAUGCAGGGGCAAGAAUCCAAAUUGAUCAAAAGUUGCUACUAAAAGAAAAUACUGCGAAACUUCCCCCUCACCCAUUUUUCAUCAAGGGGCCAGUUGUCCAACCCAAUGCCAUUUGGAACACACAGGGUGGUUUUUAUAAAACAGGAGAUGUCAUUGAAAAGCAUUCAAGUCAGAUAAGGCUUUAAUUUAAAAAUAUGUGUGGGGUAGAUGGGAUGAAACCAGUGCAUUCAAAUUGCUUAAUGUCUCCAGCACAGCACAGUGAAACUCUCAUACAAUUGCUAUUUUAAAAUAAGUCCAGGUUAACUAUUUCAGUGUUGUUGUUCAUAUUUCUAUUAUGGUAUAGGUUACUGGAAAAAAUGUCAAUGAAAAAAAUGAAACUGAAAGUAACUUUGGGGGCCAACACAGACUUCCUUCAUUGCUUUAGCUCAGUAAUAUAAAUAAAAAAAACUCUUAGUAUGAUUUUAUCUCAAUGGAAUGAACUGUUUUUUUGUUUUUGUUUUAGAUAGUAGAUAUAACUGGGAUUUCUUUGACCCAAAUUGUACAUGUCAUUUUACCACAAAUGGAUGUUUAAAAACAAUGAAAAUGUGCAUGAAUUGAUAUAUCACAGAGAUGGCUUAAUUUCUCUAUUUUCUAGUCUAGAUCACUUUAGUCUUCUUCCUAAAAACUCUUGGACUGCCAUACAAAUAAACCUUCCCUGUACUGAAAAUUAACUAUAUUGUGAAUCACAUGUGUGUUCUUGGAUACACACAAUCCAUAAAAAAUGGGGUCCCAGCCAACCUACCCCAGCCCUACACCCCAGCCAAGUGUAUCUUUUUAGUAUUAGCUUCUCUGUUUUGGAGACCAGGAAGUGCUCUGUAUAUUAAUUAUAUUAAAUAAUGCAGUCCUUCCAACAUUCAAAGUUCCAGCAUGUUUGUUGCUAGCUCAAUCUGGUAUUCUCUAACUAUGAGUACAAUUCUAGACAGAUGAUGUAGAGCCCAUGGAUGUCUAUUUGUAACUACGCUUACAUGAAGCAUUUUUAUCCUGUACUGAUGGAUGCACUGAAGGCAGAGGAACACCCAGUGGUCUUGGUCUGUUUGAAGGGUCCUGUGUAAAAUGCUGUCUCGGUUCCUUCAAGCACUGGAAUCUUGGGCCAGUCCUCUAGUCCUUAAGGUACUAUUGAGAGUAGGCACAUGUUGUUCUGGGGAAGAGACAUUCUAAAUAUUUCCCAAGACCAAUCUCUGCAUCACCCAACUCCCAUGUAUUCAAGUGAAGCAUGGCAUUAGGAAGAUGAAGACAGAAGAAUUUUUUUAAAAGCUUUACACUGCUAACAGCGACAAUAACAGACUCAUCCAUAGGCAUCCAUUCCUAAGCACAGAAUUACAAAACAUGCUUAUGACAUCACAGCGCAAACACUACCCUUUUGUAGUUGUGUUACAAUGACACCUGCCUAACUCUUUGAGAUUAACCAAAGUCAGCUAGGUGCUUCCAGCUGGAUGGGCAUGACAAGAAGUAAAUAAUGCAAUAAGGGACCCUUUAUUUGCUGAAAUACAGCAGGAUAAAAAGACUUUGAGAAAAAGUUUAAGCUAUAAAAUAGUGGAAAGGUAGAGAUUAUGUGUUGUCAGAUUGAACACAAUCCAAGGUGGAAAUUAUUUGGUUAG